UCGAGAAAUCCUGUCGAUCGCGACUAUCCACACUGAACGAGAAAUUGACCACCUUGGAGCGUAAGGUCGACUUCCUCGAGGCCAAGGUCUCCAAAGGGGAUGACGAUUCCACGACCAAUCCCAACACGACCUUGGCUUAAUGCAUGGCGUCCCUGGUCAGUUUCCGUAGACGGGGGUGGAUAUGUGUGGCCUUGAUUGGACUUCUAGUUCCUGGGCCGUUUUGGCCCGCCCUCUCAAAUGGGUCGGAAUUUGUCUUCGACGAUAUUCCGGCCAUUCUCAAGAAUUCUGAUGUAACCAGCCAGUCGGUAAAUUUAAGCCGAAUCUUCCACAAUGAUUUCUGGGGUGAUCCUUUGAAGAGUGCCCGAAGUCACAAGUCCUAUCGGCCUUUGACGGUUCUACUCUUUCGGCUCAUCGUUCACCUCUUCGGAUUCAAUGUCAAAGUCUUUCGAUCGAUUAAUCUUUUACUGCACACUUUAAACUCAGUCUUGGUCUUUAUGAUAGCUCGUCGAUGGCUGUUUCAUCUCAAGGCGGCUCUUUUUGCUGCCCUACUCUUCGCCUGGCACCCCGUACACGUGGAGUCCAUCAUGGCCGGGGUAGGUUUGGCGGAUGUAACGUACAGUGGCCUCUGCUUGUGGGCCAUAUUUUUGUGUCAGAACCAAGGGCCAAUUUGCUCAAUGGUCGAGAUCUCUGGACUAUCAAUACUCACUUUGGGUGCCAUGUUCUUCAAAGAACCGGGCAUCAUGUUGCCUUCUUUGGUGCUCAUUAACGGAUUUUGUCUAGACCCCAGACGGCGACCCAUUGUCUAUCAAGUUCGCGUGUGGCUCUGGAAGGCGAUCGCAUUUCUUAUUAUCACUCUAAUGUGUCUAGCCAUGCGGCUGAAGAUCAUGAACUUCAAACAACCCUCUUUCAAACUGGAGGAUAACCCUGCAAUUUUCAUGAAUUCCUUUCAGGCUCGAGCUCUGAAUCACGCCUACCACCACGCCCUCAAUGCUUGGCUUCUUCUCUGCCCUGAUUGGCUUUGCUUUGAUUGGUCCAUGGGUUGUCUCACCCCCAUUUUUUCUUGUCUAGAUAUUCGUUGCCUCUUCAUCUCAUUAUUUUGGGUGUAUCUCGCCAAUAUUCUUGUGAUGAUAUGGAUCUCGAACCACCGAAACAGCAAGUGUAUCAUAAGCGCCACUGGAUUGUCGAUUGCUUCCUUUUUACCAGCGUCCAAUGUUUUCUUCAACGUGGGGUUUGUCAUCGCUGAGCGAAACCUUUACUUGCCAUCUGUGGGGUCCUGCCUCAUUGUUGCUUUAGCCACUCAAAACAUCCCCAUCAAAAGAUUAGCACCUUAUUUCCAAAUUAUUCAGCUCUUCAUGCUUGUUAUUUUCGGUCUUCGAUGCUCGCAACGCUCUCUUGAUUGGAAAAGCGAAUUAGGAUUGUUCCAAAGUGGUCUCCGUGUGUGUCCCAAUAAUGCCAAAGUACACUACAAUAUUGCCAAGCGACUGGCUGAUCAAGACAAGGAUCAUAUGUCUCUUCUGCAAUACGAGCGUGCUCUUCAGCUCCAUCCGAAAUACGAGCAUGCUCUCAAUAAUCUAGGGAAUCUUUACCGAAAAAUGAAAAAACCAGCGAAAGCCUUGGAGUUUUUAGAGCGAGCUGUGGCUAUCAACCCCGAGUUUUCGACCGCUUGGAUGAAUCUUGGCGUGACGCAAGCCCAAAUUGGAGCCCUCCUCGAAGCUGAAAGAAGUUACCACCAGGCUCUUGAAUAUCGAUCCGACUAUCCAGACUGCCAUUUCAAUCUAGGCAAUCUCUACCUUAAAAUGAAGAAUUUGGAUCGUGCUUCUAAAUGUUUCGAACGAGCAAUCUUUUUAAACCCCGAACAUAAGUCUGCUUGGGCCAAUCUGAUUUUAUUGAAAGACGAACAAAAACUUUGGGACGAUGCGGAACAUUUGGCCAAAUCAGCGACUGCGCGAUUCCCUGAGGAAUCAGACUUUCCUUUUCAUCUGGCCAAUCUAUAUGGGAAGAUAGAUAGAUUUGAAAAAGCUGAACAAUUAUUCCUCUCAGCCUUAACCUUGGCAGAAAAUCCAAAUACCUCCAAUGGAAGGAAUAGAGGUCUCUAUCACAACAAUUUAGGCGUUCUCUAUCACCGUUGGAAAAAGUACCGCCUAGCGGCUCAGCAUUAUGAAAUGGCUUUGGUCCUUGACGCUAACAACUUUAAUACCAAACAAAACCUGGAGAGCAUUCAAAAAUUUCUGUAGCUUUUUAACCUUCCUCAAUUUUCUAAACUAUUUGUACUCGCUUUUUUACACAGCUUUUAACCAAUAAACAAUUCAAACCGAAA